AACUCAUCUUUUAAACAUAGAUUAUCUUCGGUGUAUCAUAAACCGUCGCUGUUAUCUGCUGUCCUUUAAGGUCGUUGCUACUGUUUAACUUCAAUUGAAGCGGUCAGUUAAUAAAUUUGUGUUCUCCUUCAGCUGGCAGCAUCCCCACAGGAGCUGGAAGAGGACGGAGAAAAGGGAAGAGCAGACACAUUAACAUUGGAGCAGUUAAAGGAAUGAGGAUAUACUGGCAAGGACAAUGAUAGAGACAAGAGAGAAGGCGAGAUAAUCAUCACUGGAGAGACAUACACUUUUGACUCAACACAACAGGCCGCCCUGUCUCUGUGAUGGAGCAAGAAGAGGUGGCAGCCAGGCAGGAUGCAGACCCACAGCUGAUGUUCAGGAUAGAGCGUCCAGUCUACGAUGAAUCCUUCAUCCGGUCGAAGCUCCUCAACCGAAAAGAAAACUCCACCACACUCCGAGAGAGGCUGACACAGCAGUUCCGGUGUUCAUCAAAGAGGGCCAAGGCAGCAGCUCUGAGUUUCCUGCCUAUUCUAACAUGGCUGCCAUCCUAUCCAGUCAAGCAGUACUUGUUUUCAGAUGUGGUCUCAGGUCUCAGCACAGGAGUUGUGCAGCUUCCUCAAGGUCUAGCCUAUGCUAUGCUGGCUGCUGUGCCUCCAGUUUAUGGUCUGUACUCCUCAUUCUACCCCGUUCUGCUCUACACCUUCUUUGGCACGUCUAGACACAUAUCAGUAGGUACCUUCGCAGUUAUAAGUCUGAUGAUUGGCGGUGUUGCUGUGAGGGAAGCCCCAGACUCCAUGUUUUACGUCCUGCCUGCAAACGGAUCCAACAUGUCCGCUGUCCUAGACGUGGAGGCUCGUGACGCCAGGAGGGUCCAGGUGGCUGUGGUGCUCACAACCCUGGUGGGAAUCAUCCAGAUUGUCUUAGGUCUUCUUCGGUUUGGCUUUGUGGCGAUCUACCUCACGGAGCCCCUGGUGCGAGGUUUCACUACAGCAGCAGCUGUGCAUGUUGUCGUCUCCCAGCUAAAGUACCUGCUGGGGGUGAAGACACCACGUUUCAGCGGGCCCCUCUCUGCUAUUUAUAGCGUCAUAGAAGUACUCGGUCAUAUCACCAGCACGAACAUCACCACUCUCAUCCUGGGCCUUGUGUGUCUUGUCUUCCUGUAUGUGGUCAAAGACCUGAAUGAACGCUUUAAAAAAAAACUACCUAUUCCCAUUCCUGGAGAGAUUAUUGUCGUCAUUGUGUCAACCGGCAUCUCCUAUGGCCUGUCUUUGGCAGAAGACUACAAGGUGGAUGUGGUUGGGAAGAUACCAACAGGGCUUCUCCCCCCUGCUGCCCCAGAGUUCUCUCUGUUACCCAGUUUGAUCACAGACUCCUUCGCUGUAGCGAUUGUAGGAUUCUCAAUGGGCAUCUCACUUGCCAAAAUCUUUGCCCUGAAGCAUGGGUACAGUGUGGACGGCAACCAGGAGCUGAUCGCCCUUGGGCUGUGUAACUUCAUCAGCUCUUUCUUCAAAACCUUUACCAUCACUUGCUCCAUGUCAAGAAGCCUGGUACAGGAGAGCACAGGAGGAAAGACACAGAUUGCAGGGCUGCUGGCAUCUCUGGUGGUGCUGCUGGUGGUGGUGGCCAUUGGGUUUGUCUUCCAGCCACUCCCUCAGACUGCACUGGCUGCCAUCAUCAUGGUCAACUUGUUGGGGAUGUUCAAACAGUUCAGAGACAUUCCUACUCUGUGGAGGACCAGUAAGAUUGAACUGGCCAUCUGGCUGGUAGCAUUUGUAGCUUCUGUGCUGUUGGGCCUGGAUUAUGGCCUCCUAGUGGCUAUUUCAUUUGCCAUACUGACAGUCAUCUACAGAACACAGAGUCCCAAAACUGCUACCUUGGGCCAUGUUCCUGGAACUGGGCUGUACUGUGAUGUGGAUGAGUAUGAAGAGGCAGCUGAAUAUGAGGGGAUUAAGAUUUUCCACUCCAACUCUUCAAUCUACUUUUGCAACAGUGACCUUUACCUGAAUGCCCUGAAGGAGAAG